ACGGGACAACAGCUGCGAGGGAGGCGUGUUCGUAGCGUCUGCAGCAGCCGUUGUUUCUAUCGUCUCUCUGUAACCGGCGUGCGUGUGUGUUUUAGCACGUCAACUUUAGCGCCUACUUUCGGUUCUCCUAUUUUUUUUCCCAACUUUCUUCUUCCUCCUCCGACUGUCGGCUGCAUUCGCCUCUUCGUCUUCUUCCGUCUCCCGGUGAUUCCUUCUUCUCUGCCCGUGUUUCGAAAGUAGCCCCCGCGACAUCGACCCAGCGCAAUGGAACGCGACAAGGCAUCCGACCAGCUCAAGGAAUACAAGGAGACUCACAAGCCGGAGCUCCUGACCACCUCGUGGGGUGCCCCCGUCGCCGACAAGACCAAUGUGCUCACCGUUGGACCCCGAGGUCCCGUCCUGCUGCAAGAUGUCGUCUUUCUGGACGAAAUGGCGCACUUUGACAGGGAGCGUAUCCCAGAACGUGUCGUCCACGCCAAGGGCGCCGGAGCGUUUGGCUACUUUGAAGUGACCCAUGACAUCACCAAAUACACCAAGGCUUCCAUCUUCAGUCAGGUUGGCAAGAGGACUCCCAUGGCCGUGCGCUUCUCCACCGUCGGUGGAGAGAGUGGCUCGGCGGACACCGUCCGUGAUCCUCGCGGCUUCGCUGUCAAGUUCUACACUGACGAAGGCAACUGGGAUCUUGUUGGCAACAACACCCCCAUCUUCUUCAUCCGGGACCCAUUCUUUUUCCCUAGCUUCAUCCACACGCAGAAGCGGAACCCGGCCACCCACCUGAAGGAUGCCGACAUGUUCUGGGACUUCAUCAGCCUCCGUCCAGAGACCACGCACCAGGUCAUGUUCCUCUUCUCCGACCGUGGUAUCCCUGAUGGCUACAGGCACAUGAAUGGCUAUGGCUCGCACACCUUCAAGCUGGUCAACGCCAAGGGUGAAGCUGUCUACUGCAAGUUCCACUACAAGACUGACCAGAAAAUCAAGAACUUGCCUGUGCAGAAGGCAGAUGAGUACGCUUCCAAAGACCCAGACUAUUCCAUUCGUGACCUCUACAAUGCCAUCGCCAACAAGCAGUACCCAUCUUGGACCUUCUACAUCCAAGUUAUGACUUUCGAACAGGCAAAGACCUGGAAGUUCAACCCCUUCGACUUGACUAAGGUGUGGCCUCAUGCGGAGUUCCCCUUGAUUCCUGUGGGCAAGAUGGUGCUGGACCGCAACCCGAAGAACUACUUCUCUGAAGUGGAGCAGAUUGCUUUCUGUCCUGCGAACCUUGUGCCGGGUGUCGAGCCCAGUCCCGACAAGAUGCUUCAGGGACGUCUGUUCUCCUACAGUGACACGCACAGGCACCGCCUUGGGCCCAACUUCUUGCAGAUCCCUGUGAACUGCCCCUACAAGGCACGCACAGCCAACUAUGAGCGCGAUGGUUUCAUGGCUGUGAAAGAACAAGAUGGAGCACCAAACUACUUCCCGAACAGCUUCUCUGGACCGGUGGAUAACCCUAAGUUGAAAGAGCACAGCUUCCCAGUUUCUGGAGAUGUUGACCGCUGGAACAGUGCUGAUGAGGACAACUUCACUCAGCCAGGCAACUUCUGGAAGAUGCUGAGUGCCGAGGAAAGGGACCGCCUGACCUCUAACAUCGCCAACCACCUGAAGGAUGCUCAGGACUUCAUCCGCCAGCGGGCAGUAACAAACUUCACCAAGGCGCACCCCGAAUGCGGGGGCCAGAUCGCCAAGAAGCUUGAGAAGCUCGUGCAGAGCGCGAAACUUUGAGGAUCAUCUGCUACAUGAACCCUUCACUGAGCAACUUCAUCCUGGGACAUGGUGCACGUAGGCCUUAAUCUGCUGCCAAUAACAGUUGCUGUUUCACGGGUGCUGCGUCACGUUACUCGCAAGCACUGCUGCUAUGGUGUCCUUUACUUAACUUGAUUGUUAUACUUCCCUUUCCUUGUUGCUGGUCAAUAAACAUUUGUUUGCUCUUUU